CAAAAAAAAUAUUUGGAUGGGGAAAAAAAAAAUCAUGGCCUCAGUUUGUUCACUGCAACACUCCCCGUCGUCGUCUCAAGCUCUGCAAGCUCGGAGCUCCCCCCUCCCAUUUUCUUCGCCACCCACCAAGAUAGGUUCCUUCACUGAACCAACCCUAUCCCUAACCCAAUGUCUCAGUUUUCCGUUGCUCUCCGUCGAUGGUUUUCUUUCUCCAGGGGGAGGGGGAGGAGGAGGAAGAAGGAGAUACUCAUCAGUCCCCAGUUGCUCAAGCUUCACCGAUGGGCAAUCCCAGUCUCCCAAGAAUGAAGAGAGUGGAGCUAAGAGGAGGGAGCUUCUGCUGCAGAUGGCUCUCGGUGCUCUCUCCCUUCAGGCGAUUGGUGGUUCUAAUAAUGCAUUAGCUGAGAACGGUACACUUUCUUCUCGUUUCGUCCCGGAAAUACGGAUAAAGUUCGGGUUUUUUUUUCCCCCCCCCAGAAAUCCACGGUUUUCGGAUUUGGCUGUGGCCGCAGAUGAAUUUAAACUCUAUGUGGACAAUGCGAACAAGUUCAAGAUAUCGAUUCCGCUAGACUGGCAGGUGGGGGGCGGGGAACCAAACGACAGCUUCAAAUCUGUGACUGCUUUCUAUCCUAAAGAAGAUUUGAGCUCGAAUGUCAGUGUAGUGAUCACUGGUAUUGGACCGGACUUUACCACCAUGGGAUCUUUCGGCAAGGUGGAUGCUUUCGCGGAGAGCUUGGUCAAUGGAUUGGACCGAAGCUGGCAGAGGCCCCCCGGAUUGGCUGCUAAACUCAUCGACUGCAAAGCUGCUAAUGGAUUCUACUACAUUGAGUAUUCUCUUCAAAAUCCCGGGGAAAGUCGAAGGCACAUAUACUCAGCAAUCGGGAUGGCAUCUAACGGCUGGUACAACCGACUCUACACUGUAACGGGACAGUUCCUGGAAGAGGAAUCCCAGAGAUUGAGCUCAAAGAUUGAAAAGGCAGUUGCAUCCUUCAGAUUCACUUGAAAGAGACCGUUAUUGACUACAGAAGCAAAUUCCAUCAGGGAGGCAAACAGAUCCGGCUAAUCCAAGCAAAUUCCAUCAGGGAGGCAACCCACGAGACAUUUUUGAAUCGUGAAACUGAAUGAUUUGAUGUGUUGACCUUCAUCUAUGCAUACCGAAUUAACCGUUUUUCAGAAAUGAGAUAUCACUUCGUAAAUUCCAGAGUCAGGAGAAGUGAGUUCUAUGCUCAA